CAAAAUGUCCUUAACAGAGGAAAGACAACCUUAUCCUCUGUUUCCAUUUGAUCUACCGGAAGUUUCAAGACCGUGACCUAACUCUUUAACUCUGGCUACUGAUUAGGUUUUGUCCGAUGGCUCUACAUGGAUCUACCUUUUGCUACAAAGUAAAUUUCAUUGCUACGGGAGACUUCAAGAGACUGCAAUGUUCAUGGACUGACAGUUUCAAGAGAACCCACAAUAUCUCUUCACCUUCCUUGAAGAAAACUACAUUUUUGGCUGGAAGACUCCAUUGUCAUAAAAAGUUGCACAUUGAAGGAGGAACCCAGUCCUAUGCACAGCCUUUCCGCUUAUUUUCAUUCAGAGCAUGUCAAGUAAGAAGUGAGGAUUCAGAAGAAGUGUUAAGUGGUGAAAGCAUUGUAUUGGAUGAGCAGACCUUAAUGCGUGAGCUUCAGGUUGCCAUUGAAGAAGAGAACUAUGCCCAAGCUGCAAAAAUCAGGGACGGCCUUAAAGUACUCCAGAAAGAUAGCAAGGCUUCGGUACUGGCAGCAAAUGCUCGGUUUUAUAAUGCUUUCAGGAAGGGGGAUCUGGCUGCCAUGCAAUCCCUUUGGGAAAAAUCAGAUAAUGUAUGUUGCGUGCACCCAGGUGCUAGUGGGGUUCUAGGUUAUGAUGAUGUCAUGGAAAGCUGGGAGCUUGUAUGGAUGAACUAUGAUUUCCCACUAGAUAUUGAGUUGAAAAAUAUUAGAGUGCAUUUCAGGGGAGAUUUAGGUUAUGUUACAUGUGUAGAAUUUGUGAGAACAAAAGGCAGCAGUUGGGGGGCACAAUUUGUCACAAAUGUUUUUGAGAAGAUUGAUGGUCAGUGGUUAAUCUCCAUUCACCAUGCUUCACCUGUUGACCUGUAAGCAUCAUCGUCAUACAUUCAGUAGAUGAAUUGCCUUUUUUGUUAUUUAGAUUCACUUGCAUCACA